AAAAAACUAUAAUUAUUCCUAUAACAUCUUAACAUGCUUGCAGUGUCACUGCUGCUGCUGUCUGUUGCCUUCUUGAGCUUGAACAUAGAUAUUGGUGCUAGUACAUGCCCACCAACCUCAGGUGGUAUAUACCUGAUGCAGGGUUCAUUAUGUAAUAUUUCUAAUAAUACUUAUUUUCAAGAUAUUGAGAUCAGAUCAAAUUUGUUAGAGUGUGGAUUACCUGGUUAUGGGGCAGAUGGUGGAGAAUUGAUUGGUCCUAAUGGAGCUGUUCCUUGUCCUGGUAGUAAUUCAAAUUUAGAGUGUGCUGUUGGGUCAGGUGCUAAUAUUACUAUUAGUAUACAAUCCACAAACAACAUUCUGACAUCUGGUGAAGGAUGGUAUAGGUGUUGUCUACCCACUAAUUGUUCAGAUCCUGAUGCAUACAUCAUCAGCUUUAAAAUAUACAGAUGGGUUGAGAUAACAGGUAUCACAGUUGAUCUUCCUUUGGAUAUUAAACUUCUUCCACAAACAUACACACUACAUGCAAUCAAAGUUGGUCAUAAAGAUAAUGUAUUAUUGAACAAUGCUACUUGGUACUAUGAGUCUGGUAGUGAUAGUACUGAAAUAACUACUGGUCUCUGCAGUGGACAGUCUGGAUACAAUUGUAGCAUUGGUAAUGGAGUAUUACUACACCAGAGUAAUGGAUCAUAUGAUUAUACUCUAACUGUUACUUGGAAUGGAGAGAGUAUUACUAGUGGAAUACUGAGUCAAUUAAACAACAAUGGGGAUCAUGUGUUUAGAUUUUACUUACAUUAUGGAUAUAAUGACGAUAAUAUCAAAAGAAACAGAUAUCACACAGUGGCAGUUCCAAAAUCUGCCCCUUCUUCUGUUAUUAUUGUCAGUAAAACUGAUAUGACAGUCAGUCUCCAUUGGACUCCACUUGAUUCAUCAGAUGCUGAUGGAUAUGUAGUCUAUGUUACUAAUGAUACUGAUACUGUGCAGAGAGUACAAGUAGAAGGAAGUAGUAACACUGCAUUUACAGUGAAUGGGCUACAAAGAGGAACAACUUAUAGCAUCACAAUCAGAGCAUAUCAAAAAUUAGUGGGACCUCCUAGCAGUACAAUCACAGUACAAACCUUACCAAUUACACAAGUCUCUUCUAGUUCACUGCUAUAUGUACAUCAACCUGUGUCUGCAUCAGGUUCAGCAACACCAACUUUAGAUAGUGUAAAGUCUAAAUAUACUUCUGCUACAUUUGCAGCUGCGUCAGCAAUUACUGGGUUUUCAAUAUUGAUGAUACUUCUAGUGAUCACUAUCACAGCUAUUUAUGUAAAGACAAGAUUAACAAGGACCAGAACACACUACAUUAAGGAAGUAACAUCAGGAAGUCAAGGAGGAUCAAUCUUACAAGCCGAAGAGACAGAUGUAGAGACUGUUCUGUCUUAUCUUGGUGUCUACAGUGACUUUGAUCCACAGAUUCUUCCUACUCUACCUAUACCACUGGAGGAUUUGGCUAUACAUUUAGAUAGUUGCCAUAAUAGCAAUGGAUUUGAAAGACAAUUCAAAAAUCUCUACAGUGGUGAGGAAAAGCCAUGUACUGUUGGAUACAGUGAAGAAAACAAACCUUUGAACAGAUUAAAGAAUGUGACAGUUUAUGAUGAUAACAGGAUAUUACUGGAUACUAAUCCUAACUUGGAUAUGUGUCAAAGGGAAUUUAUUAAUGCUAAUUAUGUUGAUGGAUACAGUAGUAGUAAGAAAUACAUUACAACACAAGGUCCUAUGAAGAACACAUCAGUUGAUUUCUGGUAUCUCAUCUGGCAGGAAAGGCCAGUGUAUAUUGUGAUGCUAACCAAACUGAAGGAAGGAGGAAAAAGCAAGUGCAGACAGUACUGGCCAAACUCUGUAACUGAGCAAGAGAAGUUUGGACCAUUCACUGUAUUGUUAAAAAAUACAGACACUUACCCUGACUUUGUUAUUCGUCAACUUUGUAUAACAAUACAAGAUGGAUCAAAUGAUAGUCAUACACUGACUCAAUAUCAUUUAACCACAUGGCCUGAUCAAGGAGUACCUGACUAUGCUACCUCAUUGAUGACUCUAUAUAAAAGAGUCAUGAAAACCUGGUUUCCUUCACAAGGCCCCAUUCUGGUCCACUGUAGUGCUGGUAUAGGCCGUACUGGUAUAUUUAUUGCUAUAGACUUGGCUCUAGAACAAGCCAAAAAAGAGGGAGUGAUAGACUUUGCUGGUAUUGUUAAUAGACUUAGACAACAGAGAAUGAAGAUGGUUCAGUCACUAGAUCAGUAUGUGUUUCUUCAUGAUGCUGUGUUUGAGGAAAUCAUUUGUGGAAAGACUGAGAUAUUAAUUGAGAACUACAUCAUGGAAAUACAGAAACUAAAAAAGAAUGAUCCAAGCAUUAAUUGUACAGGAAUUGAAGCACAAUAUCAUUUAUUGUGUGAAUUGACUCCUGAUCCUAAUGACGUAGAGUGUAAAUCUGCUAAUGCUCAUAGUAACAAGAACAGGUCAAAUAAUUACCUACCUCCUGACAAGUAUAUUGUAGCUCUUAAAGAUACCAAUGAUGAUUACAUAAAUGCAUCAUACCUUAAUGGCUAUCAAGGGAAAAAAGAAUUCAUUAUAGCUCAAAGUCCUAUGGAAAACACUAUGAGAGACUUUUGGAAAAUGAUAGUAGAUUAUAAAGUGUCUACUAUUGUCAUGCUGUGUGGAGAUGAAGAUUGCUGCUAUCAAUAUUGGACUGGCUCAAAGACACAUGGUGAAUUUUCUGUGGAAGUCAAUAAUGAAAGAAGUGCAAAUGGUUAUACAGAAAGAAAUCUUAAAUUAUCCUUUGAUAAAGAGAGCAGAAGUGUAUUAAAAUUACAAGUGACAGAUUGGCCUCAAGAUGGAGUUGUUAGAAAAGCUGGUACCAUUCUACAAGUAAUUAAUGAAGUGAGAAACAGACAAAAGAGAGGACCAGUAGUGGUACAUUGUAGUGAUACAGUGAGUCGUUCAGGAGUCUAUUGUUCAGUGAGUAUUGCUCUAGAGCAGUGUAUAAAAGAAGGUGUAGUGGAUGUAUUUCAAGUAACUAAAACUGUCAGAAGAAGUAAACCAGGAGCUGUCACUACACCGGAGCAGUAUGAUUCUAUAUAUGACAUCAUUGACUUGUACAUUCAAACUACAAACAAAUAAUAGAUUACAUGCACUUGUCAUUUUUGUAAGA